AACACAUCUUCUUCAAUCGGGCUUCUUCGAUUCGAACAAACUUCGAAGAUAUUUAAUCGCCUUUGAAAUUCAACAUUCACCUUUUUGUACGGUGUUGUUAUUCGUUAAAGGGAGUUUCUUGUAUUAUUAGACUGUGGACAUUAAACUGUGAUUGUUGCCCGGUAGUAGGCCGAUGAUAUAAAACACGCUUAUUGGCCAAACGGUCGUAUAAUAUUCAUUACCAGGGCGUCACAUCUAUAAAACCAUAUUUUAUGAUGACGCUAGAGUAUCUGCACCCACAGCAAGCGGAGAGCAUGUAUCUCCACCACCCGUCCGCUUCGGGGGGCUACCAGCAGCAGGCCUCUCAUCCUCCUCCUGCCCCACCCCAUCAUCAGUUCUCACCGGCAGACUACUGGCAGCUGCACGGCGUCACCGCUAGCGGGGAACACGUCGCACCGGUAAGCGGCGCCACUGCUACCGUGUCCAAUUCCGCCGUGCACCACCAGUCCAACUCAACACCGGGUUGGGCCAGCAGUGGUUUAGCCGGCGCCAUCGCCGCCUCCGCCGGUGGCGCGGCGCCGGUUACGGAGUGGCAAUACAUCCACCAUGCCUCGCAGAACCCGAACACCGUCUCGUGUGCGCCGACGUCGGUUUACUCCGGGGUUUCUGAUGACUAUGCUGGGGUUCAUAACCAGGGGCAAGCUUACGUUAGCCCUGGUGGGAUUCAGACAGUCGCCCAGGCUCUACAUCGACCAAUGAUGACCACAUAUGACUGGAUGAAAAGCUCUACUUAUCGAUUUAACCCACAAACAGGCAAGACCAGAACAAAGGACAAGUAUCGCGUCGUAUACACGGACCAUCAGAGACUAGAGCUGGAGAAGGAAUUUCACUACAGUCGAUACAUCACCAUCAGACGGAAGAGCGAGCUGGCGUUGGCUCUGGGCCUCUCGGAAAGACAGGUAAAAAUAUGGUUCCAAAAUCGGCGAGCUAAGGAAAGAAAGAUGGCCAAGAAGAUAAAGAUGCAAGACGGACAACAACAACAACACCAGACCACACAUCAAAGCGAAGAGAGAAGUUCGAAUGGACGUCAGAAAGAAUUCAGUCAUCAAAACCAACAAAGCCAUCAUCACCCUCAUCACCACCACAGCCAUCAUAAUGCCGUAUUACAGCAUUCAUCAAGCCCUCAUCAUACCACAGUCGACACCAAACCCAAACUCCCGAUCAUAACAACGAUGACCACGGUCUCCGGCGAUGUCAUCAAGACGACCUCGCUGACGCACAUGACCACGACAUCGCCACCGCAUCAGGCCAGUCUGCAGGCUACGAAUGCGAUCGAGAGCAGGGCACUGACGACCAGCCACGCCUUGAGCUCCGGCGCUGAAACUAUCGAGAAUUCGCUGCAUAUCCCAAUCACUGCUGCAGAUGUUGCAAACCUUGUAUUAGUUAGUAGUAAGAAUUCAAUACUACAAGCGUGAGUAUUAUGCAUUUAAAAUAAUAUCGAACUUAUCUCUUUUUUGCUUAAAUGGUUUUGUCAUUAUUAAAUUGUUAUGAAAACAUAAUAAUACAUGUGUAUAUCCCAGAAUGAUCAAUGUUAUUGCAAUUUGUUUCGUUAUCCAUCUAUUUUCGUUUAUUUUCUGGUCUUUGUUUUCUGCAAUGUUGUACACUUGUCUUUAUAGUUGACCUUUUACACCGACAAACAGUAUUUUUUAAAUGAUAUCGUUCAUCGGUGUCAUAACUAGUUUCAGGGGAGAGGGAAGCUGG